CAGCCAUUAGUUGGCCUUAGCACGGCCUUUGGCCUUUCUCUGCUGCUUCAUCUGUGAAGAAGAAUAGAGAGAGAACCGAGCAGGAAGCAGAGGAAGAGACGCAGCACGCGCAUGUGGAGAACACCCACCCGAUCCGCCGUCGCAGCUUGCCUUUCGCCUCGGGUUCUUCCAUGAUUCGUGAAGCAAGGCCAUGUCUCCCAUGCUCCUCGGAUUCCUCGGCUUACUCCUCGUCGCAGGUGAGGUGGUGGUGCUGAUCGGCGCGCAGGGCAUCGGCGGGGGCGAAAAGGAGGUGCUCGUGGAGCUCAAGCGGUUCCUGCAGGAGAACAACAAGGUGAACCGCGGCGCAUAUGACGCGUGGCCGGAGUCCGACGCGUCGCCGUGCGGGUGGCAUGGGGUGGGGUGCGGCGCGGACGGCCGCGUCACGUCGCUGGACCUGUCCGGCGCGAGCAUCUCCGGCCCGGCGUUCGGCAACUUCUCGCGGCUCUCGGCGCUCGCCUCCCUCGACCUCUCCGUCAACACCAUCAGCAGCGCCGGGGACAUCGGCCAAUGCCGUGGCCUCGUGCACCUCAACCUAUCCCACAACCUCAUCAGCGGCUCUCUGGAGCUUUCAAGCCUGACCAGACUGCGGACGCUCGACGUGUCAGGGAACCGGCUCGAGGGCGGCAUCGCGGCCAACUUCCCGGAGAUAUGCACAGAGCUCGCCGUGCUCAACGUGUCCACCAACAGGCUCGCCGGCAACAUCCCUGGCCUGUUCGACGGCUGCGGCAAGCUCGAGUACGUCGACAUCAGCUCGAACAACUUCACGGGCGAGCUUGGGCCGGGCGUCGCGAGGUUCAGGCAGUUCAACGCUGCUGGGAACCAGCUCACCGGGAGUACCAUGCCGGCCACGUUCCCGGACGGCUGCAAGCUCGAAUCUUUAGACCUCUCUGCGAACCAGCUGAUCGGAAAGUUCCCGGAUUCCAUUUCGAAGUGCGCGAACCUGACGUACUUGUCGCUGUGGGGGAAUGGCUUCACCGGUGUGAUACCGGCCGGAAUGGGAGAGCUCUCCAUGAUCCAGACCCUGAUUCUCGGAAAGAACCUGUUCGAUCGGCAGAUACCACCGGAGCUUACGAAGUGCUCGAGGCUUCAGUUCUGGGACAUCAGCAGCAACAUGUUUGGAGGGGACGUGCAAGAUAUCUUUGGCAGGUUUGCAAGCUUGAGGUACCUUGUGCUGCACCACAACAACUACACCGGCGGCAUCGUCAGCUCUGGCGUACUCCGGCUACCUUUGCUCGCGAGGCUCGACCUCAGCUUCAACGAGUUCUCCGGCGAUCUCCCACCGGAGGUGGCCGACAUGAAGAGCCUCAAGUACCUGAUGCUCGCAUGUAACAAAUUCUAUGGCGGGAUACCGCCGGCGUACGGCCGGCUCACAGAGCUCCAGGCGCUGGACCUGUCGUAUAACAAGCUCACCGACAGAAUACCGGCAAGCGUUGGGAACCUCACGUCGCUUUUAUGGCUGAUGCUUGCCGGGAACCAGCUCUCCGGAGAGAUACCGCCGGAAAUUGGCAACUGCACCAGCUUGCUCUGGCUGAACCUGGCUGACAACCACUUGACCGGGAAGAUCCCGCCGGAGAUGGCAGCGAUAGGGAAGGAUCCCAGCCCGACGUUCGCCAAGAACCGGAACGAUCCCAGCGUGCUCACCGGCUCCGGCGAGUGCCUUGCCAUGAAACGGUGGAUCCCGGCGACAUAUCCCCCAUUCAGCUUCGUGUACUCCGUCAUGACUCGGGAGAACUGCCGCAGCAUAUGGGACCGAAUCCUCAAAGGCUACGGCAUCGUCCCGAUCUGUACCAACUCGUCAUCGCCGGUGAGGUCCAACACGAUCUCCGGGUACGUGCAGCUGUCCAGGAACUUUCUGUCCGGAGAGAUACCGCCGGAGAUCGGCGCAAUGCGGAACCUCAGCCUGCUCCACCUCGACGAUAACCGGCUCACCGGGCAGCUGCCGCCGGAGAUCAGCCGGCUCCCGCUCGUCGUGCUGAAUGUCUCAAGAAACAACGUUUCAGGCGCGAUCCCGUCGGAGAUCGGCCACAUUCUGUGCCUCGAGAUGAUGGACCUCUCGUACAACAACUUCUCCGGCGAGCUGCCGGAGAGCCUGAGCCAGCUCACGGAGUUGAACAGAUUUAACGUGUCCUACAACCCGCUUCUCUCCGGCAGUGUCCCCACCACGGGCCAAUUCGGCACCUUCGACGAGCAGUCCUUCCUCGGCGACCCACUCAUUUCAUUCCGGCAAGGCACCGGUAAGCAACCACCACCUGAAGCUGUGGAUGUUUCCACGGUUAGAAGGCGAGGCAUGUCUCCAAGAACCAUCGCGGCCUGGUUCAUGUUCUCCCUCACCAUCGCCUUCAUCGCCGGCGCCGUCCUGUUCCUCGUGACCAAUCUACGUGCCCGGUUCCCCGUGGACCAGGACCCGGACCCCGAGUCGUUCUCGUGUGAGAACCCCAAGUGCGGAUCCGGCAAGUGCGCUUUGCAGAUGUCGACGUCGUCGCCGCCGUCCGGGUUAUCGUCGUCGGCGACCGGGUGCUCCUCGUCGACGGAGGUGGUGAAGGUGUUCCGGCUUGGCAAGACGGCGUUCACGUACCGCGACAUUGUGGCAGCCACGGGCAACUUCGCGGACGACCUGGUGAUCGGGCGGGGCGGCUACGGUGUAGUGUACCGCGGCGUGCUCCCCGACGGCCGCGCCGUGGCGGUCAAGAAGCUCGCGAGGCUGCGCGACGGCGACGGCGAGCGCGAGUUCCGCGCCGAGAUGGAGGUGCUAGCCGACCGGAUGGGGUCCACGUGGCCGCACCCGAACCUCGUCACGCUCUACGGUUGGUGCCUGUCGGGCUCGGCCAAGAUCCUGGUCUACGAGUACCUCGACGGCGGCAACCUGGAGUCGCUGAUCGGUGACACCGCCGCGUUCUGUUGGGCCCGGCGGCUGGACACGGCGAUCGGCGUUGCGCGGGCGCUCGUGUUCCUGCACCACGAGUGCUUUCCGGCCGUGGUGCACCGCGACGUGAAGGCCAGCAACGUGCUCCUCGACCGGGACGGGCGCGCCAAGGUGACGGACUUCGGGCUUGCCCGGGUGGUCCGGCCCGGCGACACUCACGUGAGCACGAUGGUGGCCGGGACCGUGGGGUACGUGGCGCCGGAGUACGGGCAGACGUGGCGCGCCACGACCAAGGGAGACGUGUACAGCUACGGCGUGCUCCUGAUGGAGCUCUCCACGGGCCGGCGCGCCGUGGACGGCGGCGAGGAGGAGUGCCUGGUCGAGUGGGGCCGGAGGAUGGCCAAGGAAGGGUGGCGGGAAAAGGAGGCGUCCGCAGCGAGCGCGGUUUCCUGGGAGCUGCUCAUGCUCGGCAUGCGGUGCACGGCCGACGCGCCGCAGGAGCGGCCCGACAUGCCGGACGUGCUCGCCGCGCUGCUCGACGUCGCAGAGAACGGCAGCGCGAUCUGUGGAUACCGCGAUGGCGCGCAACUGGAGUUCACGUAGCAAGUUGGAAUUUCUUCUUUGUUUGGAUUUCACACUUGUUUUUCACAGACUUUUGGUUGUUUUAGUUAGUUUGCCAUUGAUUCUUGAUGCGAGUAACAGAAUUUUGGUUGUUUUAGUUAUAGUCACUCUUGUUUCCACUAUAAAUUCUUGCAUAGGAGAAGACAUGAUCAUUGUACAUUCUUCAUACAAACAAGAACCUUUUGAUUUUA